GGAGUGUGUCUGUAUGUCGUUUCGUACAAGUAUUCUAACUGUCAGGUAUGUUCUUGCUUUCCUUUCUUUGUACCUUGUAACAUUUUUGGCGAUUGCCAACCUUGAUGAAGUAUUUUAUAACCCAACUAUCAGAUACAAAUGUUGGAAUAUUGUUUAAGGUGGAGAACUGUUGCAUAAACCCAAAGCAACUUAAGUACUUUGCCGAAUAUUACACAGCACGUACGUUGUGCACUCACGGAUUCCAAUAAGAUUGUUUUGAACUACUUCUGUUCCCUUAAGACCAGCCACAGUGGUAGAAGGAUAAAACUAAAAGCUUUCAAGCGGAUUUGCCCGAGGUUUUGGGGUAGAGCCAGAAUUUAAAGUUGUAUUUGUGCCUGCGUGGGUAGCAGGCUUGUUACAUAGUUACCGAGUGGAAACAAUAUUUGAUGGCAGGGCUGCGCGGAGCAUCGGGAAGAUACAACUCGAUCUAAUCAUCAUCAAGGACCUUACGGAAGCCGCCAAAUGGAAGAGAAUAUGUCUUUUUCUUUUUUUUUUUCUUUAGCUGUUAAAAGAUUGUGUCACUUCAAAAGUUAAUCAAACUGUCAUUGAAAAUUACUGAUUCAAUUUACGCUAGACCUGAAGCUGAUCUGAUCUGAGUUGGUUGCGUUCGGAAAGUAUAAACAGUAGAAUGCAAAUUGAUAGGACAAAAAAAAAAUGCAAAAAAUUGAAAUACGAUGGCGAUAGCAAGAGUAAAGAGAUUAUAAACAAUUAAUAUUCUCUUGCAAGGGGGUUACAGUGGGGUGAUAGCUUUCCGGCUAACGAUUAAAAUUUUGGCCAUUUUACGGCUAAAAACACAAAAUGACACAUUGUAGAAAAGAAAAUUUGUUCCGUUAACUUUUUUACGACUAAUGGUUAAAAUCUGUAAAUUUUUUGAACGUUUGACGGCUGACGGUCAGACUCUCUUAGUAGUAGAAUUUCUCAUUUUCUGUUAAAAUAAACGAGAAAAUUUUAUCACGAAAACAAGAGAAAAAAGCACAAGAAAAAUAGGGAAAAAAAGAACUAGAAUUAAAGACUGUAAAAGCAAAGAAAAAAAAGGGAAAAAAAAAAGAAAUUGCAAAAGACAUGACAUAAUCUUGUAUUCUUAAAAGUCUGUGUUUUUUAACGUUUUUUCUUUUGAAAAUAUCUCAACGGCGACAAAGUACAUUUAUGGCAGAUAUUACGAGAGGUUUCAUUCAAGAACUGCAAAAUGAUCCUUUAUCAUUUUUUCUUUUCCCGCAGAAAGAUAAAACAUAUUAUUACCUUUAAACUUGUUUGCAAUUUAAUUUGUAUUUUGUUUACCGAAAAUCCAUACUGCCGAAGGGUAUCAGAAGUAAAAUCAACGGAAGUUUCCGUUUAGGAAAAAUUUACAUCUCAAAGGAUGCCUCAAAUUGACAAGUUAAAUACCGAUUAACAGAUAAAUAGAAUUGAAGGUCUUUCUAAGGAUGUCGAUGCUCUCUAAUGCGAUCAGUGUUUUGGCUGACAUAAAAUGUAAGACAAUUAAUAGGCUUCACUAAUUCUCUAAAGUUUUCUUAGUCUUUGUAUAACUGAAAACGACAACCUAUUUAUCAAAGGUAAGCAACAUUUGAAACUCCGGAUACGGAAGCAAUUUCUAAAGGUUUAAAACGUUUUGAAAUAUAAUAUUUUACAUUAAAGGCUUUAUCAUGCCGUUUUUAGUUUUGCUUCUAUAUUUCUAGGCCAUUUUUUUGGAGAUAUUUUUCGCGUUAACUUUAUGCUUAUGAUCAAUGCGUCCAUCAGUUUGAAGCUUCAACACCCCUUGCUCAACACCUGAGCAACCCUUCGGGCAUUUGAGCUUUUGAAGAUUGGUUCGUUCAAAUUCCUGCCAUCCCCUUGGCCAAAUUGAGUUCAGAUGCUCACCCAAGAGCCGGAUUUGACUGUCAAUUUUUCAUACAGGGCAAAAUCAGCGACCGUGACUUUCUUCACAUUGACCAAGCUUUAAAACCCAGACCUUGUAGACCUUUCUUUCUGAGCCAGCUCAAGAAAGUGAACUCUUCACCUUAAAAAACCUCCACAUUAAAAGAAAAAACACGUGGGUGCGGCUGGGAAUACUUGACACCUCCCCACCACACCCUGCCAAGGUUCAAACUCACCAACCUCCGACGUAGACGACAGUCAAAUGCCCGUUGGUUGCCCGGGGAAGGGAAUGUUGAAGUUUCGAAUUGAUCGGCGCGAGAGAAGUCAGCUUCAAGUCAGACGAACCAAUUCGCUGGAGCAACCCAAAGUACAGUUUCUUUCCCCUGAAGGAGACCAGAGUUCAUCGCAAGUUGAUCAAACUUAGCAUUUCCUAAUCUUCCUUUAAAAGUUGACCGAUUUCUCAUUUUAUUUUUGUGGCGACGCAUGAAGAAGAAAACAUUAAUUUCGUGUUUCGUGAAUCACUCCGACUGAAGUAUGGUAAUUGAACUGAAAACUUCCCUAAGGAAGAUUGCGUGAAACCUUUUCUUAGGUAGCGAGUGUAGGGGGGGGGGGAAUAUAGGUUCAAAAACAUAACGCGUCAUCAAACCUUGCCUUAAGUUUAAUUCAAAUUAAUUCAAAUUAAGAACCACUUUUAAUUCAACCACAAUGAUUUUCAAAAGACAAAGCAAAAUUUUGUGGCGCUUGUCUUAAGGUGCAGAGCUGUUUAGGUAUACUGUGAAAGAAAAAACUCAUUAAGUUAAUUUGAUGGCGCUAUUAAAAACGCAAGUUCCAGAUCAUCUUCUUUUGUCGCUACUUUUUUUUUUUAAAGCGCUUUUUAUGUUCGUUGGCUCCACGCUCGUAAUGCUUAUUUGUAAUUUAAUUUUAACCCUUGCCGCAAAAGUGGCGCCUUGUGAUUUCAAUUUAAAGAUUCAUUUGAACAUCAGGAAAUUAAUGAAAUCCGAACAAAGAAAGAUGUUAAACGGAAGAUAGAUAUGUUUAAAUUUCACACUUUAGCCAGUCUCUCAGGUGAAUAUUUGCUGAUUAUGUAGGCGGCACCUUCCAUCUUUCGACUUUCGAAGUGACUGAUCUUAUCACGCCAGAAAAGUGUUCUACAUCAAAAAGAUCUUUUUUCCUCGUUCGCAAGGAAGCAUAGUAGGGCUGGUUUAAUAUCUCAAAAUACAUCCAGGUUAGUACAUUAUAAAACAGUUUCCUGAACAGUAACAUUAACGAUGUUUUUCGCCACACAAAUGAACGCGUAAUAUCAAUUUAUUAUUCACUUUUUCUUGUUUUUACUUUCCACAAAAAAGGAGGUAUAUUAGGCUAUUUAUCUCACCUUUAGAUCAAGUUUGUUUGCUAUUUUUCCUUAAAUGCCCUAGAAAUAAAAGCAAUACCAUAAACAGCAGUAUUUACGAUGCAACAAUACCUCCAUGUAGUCGCUCUUCUAAGCUUAUACUAAAAAAUAUCAGCUUGCCCUCAGUAACCGCUAUAGCUGUUGGUAUCUCAACAAUAGCCGUAACCAAAGUUGGAUAAUAAUAAUAACAUUUUAUGAAAUAACCUUGGACUAGAAUAAAGUUUUUCUUGCGUGUAAAAAAGGCCGCGGGUUUUUUAUUAGACGUAAAUAUAGAUUUUUGAUUUGCAUACUUUAAUACAUUCGCUUAAUUGAUGUUCGUUUUCCUCAUUUUCAAGGAAUAAUCCUCAAAUGUGUUUUAAAAUUAGAUUCGCCCGUUCUAAGUCUCAUAAGAAUUGAUUUUACUGAUAUUCAUCGCUGAUGAAAUAUCAGACCGUCAUAUAUACCUUUCCGGCAGGAUACGAUCUGUUUAAGGGGAAAAACGAUUAUUCCUCUUGGUUUCAAGAUACGUUUAAGAUAUUCAUGGUGAUAAUUAGACUGUGAGAGAGCCAGUCCGGUUUGUUAUCACUUGUAUGACAACAGACCGAAUUGGACAACACAAAGGUGUGUUAGCAAUUAAUCGUUAUAAUAAAAAGACUCGAAAAAUUCAUCGGUUAACAUAUUUAUGCGUAAAAUCAUAACAAUUAUUGUUUUUUUUUUAACUUCAAGAAUAGGAUCCAAUAGUCUAACUAAGGGCGCGCCUUAGAGAUGCUUUCUGUUCAAGUUCGCUGGCAUGGGUAAAUGGGUAAACUGUGCACAGCCCCAUAAGAAAAAGAAAUCAGGCUGUAGGAUAACCAAUUACAUUCGGAAAUGUUGUAAUCAUUUUUAAAUGGAGUUAUUCGUAAAGAGUCAUUGGUGUAUUUAGCACAAUUCUAGAAAGUAAAUAAAAAUCAUUUUCUAGAGUUUCCUUACUGAAAUUACAAAAGGGCUUCUAUUUUGAAAUCUUAACUGAAAGAGUCAUUUGACGAAACGUGUCCUCAGAAUUUGUCUGAGAGAGUUAUUCAGCUGUCUGUCAAGAAAGGAAAAAAAUACCUGGCAAUUUUUGAUAUGUCUUGUAAAAAUCAAACCUUUUUCUCUCAGAGUGGACUAUAUACAAAUCUUUAAAAAGACAUUUUAAACUUAAUUUUGACAAUUAGAAAUAACACUCACUUAUUUUUCCUCUUUUAUAGAAAUACCGCCAAGAGGUAAUUGCGUUACUUCAAGCAACCCAAUGUCUGACAGAGUCACGCUUUUCGUAUCCACCAACACUAUGCAGACGCGCGCUUUCCGAAGUCACUCAUACAACCCCCCUCCCCCAACACCCUUAUCUCAACGAUCCAGACGAACAUUGAGCCUCCCAGCCCGAGAGAAACCUUUAAUACCACCUAUGAUUUCGGAAAAUCCCGAGUACUUCCAAACGGUUCACGAGCAAUGCCUUAGUGAGGAUCAACCAUGUUCCAGAGAAGCUUGUGACGACGUCGGUAAGUCACAGAAGACGUGCUAAUUAACUUCAAUAUGAAAACAGCUAGCAGUAAUAUAACAGCAUCGAUAAGCGGUUAAUUUCCUCUUGUCUCUAUUCCAGGUUGGAUAUCUCCGAUUAUAGGAUUUUUAAUCAGUCUCUUCCUAUUUGCUUGGGCGUGCCUACUUUCAAUGUCCGUAAAUGGUAGAGAAGAUUCAUGAUGAUCCUUGAAUCUCACUGGUUCUUCAUAAUUCUCUUUUCAAGAUGUACAACGAACGAUCAUUUAAGUAACAUGUUUAAAAAAAAAUUAUCAUCAUCAUCGUCGUCAUCGUCUUCAUCGUCAUUUUCGUCGUCAUCGUCAUCAUUCUAAUCAUCAUAAAGAAAAUGAUCUCCAUUUAUUCCUUGUACUCGGAGACAAACAAAAUCUUUUUGACUAAAAACAAAAGUAAAAUGUAGAA